AUGGUGGACAUCGACGAAGCCGACGUGGCCGUGCUAAACCAGAACCUUGUGAAGAGCAAGGAGUUGUUCAACUCGAUUUCCAAGUCAUUGAAUCGUAUCAGCAACAAAUCAACCAAUGCUUCCAAUAAGAUCAAACCUGUGUUAAGAGAUGUCAACAAGCUCACCUCCGAACGCAAAGAUAUAGAGAAGGGCAUCGAUAAGUUGAAGGAAGUGAGCAACUACGCCGAGCGAACGAGUCUCUACGAGACGAUCUUGAACAACUCGAUCGAGAUCAUUGGGUUGAAAAAGUACAUUGAUACCUUGAACAAGCUGAAGAGUCUUUUGAAGGAAAUGAAAACACAAAUCAAAAAGUUUCACGGGAUUCUCAUCAACUUUGAGAACCUUAUCGACAAGCUGGAGUUCAAAUUGACGACGUUUUUCAAGAAGCAGGUGGAAGCUGGGAAGUUCAAUGAUAUUCUUAUCAUCAGCAAUUACUUCAACCAUGACAAUAAGCAAAUCAACAAAACAUUGAUUUCGUCACGGAGCACCAAGCUCAUGAGCAAAAUGAAGCAGGUGGAAGCCAGCAACAGCUUCCAGCCCAAGAACCUCGGACCCAAGGCCCCACCAUACGAGAAAAAAACCAACGGCAUUCAUGCGUACACCUACGAGUUGCUUAAUUUGUUGGAGAAAGAGUAUGAGUUGCUUGAGCGGUUGGACCGCGUGGAUCUCUUUGGUCUCAUCGUGGACCACCAGAUGGACUCGCUCAAUGAGGUAAUGCAGAAGAACUACGUAGCAUACUUCAACAACGAGAAUUUGGUGACCAACGACAUCUUGGUGCUCGAGCUCACACAGAUGAUGCACGAGUUUCAGGUGCUGUUCGAGAGGUUUGAUGAGCUUAAGAAGUACGCUGUCAACAUGAUUUUCGAUAAACUUUUGAAUGUGUUCACGCAGCUCAUCAAAGAGUACUUCAAGUUCACCGAAACACGCAUCCACGCGGUGGAGAAGCUCACAGAAUUGAACCUGACGGAGCUUGUGGUGGAGUUGAUCACCCGGGUCCGCAAGCUCAGUGACCACCUGGUGGGUCUUCAUCUUCUAAUUUCCCACUACAGCAUUGGCGAGUGGCUCAAUAUCAAGGGCCUCCGAUUUAUUGGAGUGUACACCUCGGUCAUCAAGAACGACAUGGAAGAGCCUCAGCUUGUCAGCAACUUCAUGAGUGACAUGAUCGACUGUAUUAUGGUGAAUAUCGAAACCCGGUUAAAAGAAUUUAAAAAGUCCACACAGGGAUUCUACCUCAUUAAAAACACGAUGCUCAUCGAGGGAAUUAUCAGUCGGCUGAGCAAUUUGUACGAGCUCUUGGGAGCCAUCGGGAUGGAACGGUUGAACAAACUCAAAAGCCGGUUUUUGAAGUUGUUUUUGGACGACUGGAACUACGCAUCGUACAUUAUUAUUCGGGACAUGACCCAGUUGACGACGUUGAGUGCCACUAAUCAAAGCAGUGAGUUAUCCAGUAAAGAAAAAGAUCAGAUCAAAAAGUUGUUUGAAACCUUCAACGAACUGUUUGAAGAAGCGGUCCGCAACUACGAAAAGUUCAGUAUUCUGGACCCUAACCUCCGAAAUUACCUUGCUGGUGAGAUUAAGAAACUUAUUAUGAAUGCUUAUUUCAAACUCUACGACAAGUACGGAAAUAGCAGUUUCACCAAAAAUAAAGCCAAGUAUAUUAAGUACAAUAAGAUGCAAUUUGAGAGCAUUUUGAACGACCGCUUGCGGUAGUGAAUACGAAUUUUGUCUCGGCAUCGGUGCAGGAAAUGCCAUUCCGCCCUAGUGGGCGAGCCAGUUAGGGGUAGUUGCCACACUGACGUUCGCGAACACCCGGGUGAGCACGCCGGCACCCUGGACUUAGGCACCGAGUCAGCCGUUGCGUAUGUGCAUCCACUACCAUCGCCGCCAAUGAAUCAUCGUCAAUUGAAAAUAUCCACCUUCAGCGGACAUACCGGACAUCUGCUUCAUAGUCAAUUUGGCCUCUGCGCCUCUACUAAGAAAAAUCUCAAUGGGAGGUCACUGGCAAAUGGCAGCUUUCAAUGCAUAAAAUAAUUCUUGGCAUUUGACAGCGGGGAUAUGUGCAGGACCACAUUUGACAUUCUACAUGUCAAAUAUGCAUGUUGGAUUUAAACACGGGAUAACAUAUAUUAUAGUAGCAGGUGGUGAAGACUUUACAAGUAGUUGGGCGGGAGUUCCGAGGUACUAGGGACCAUCGGCACUCGUCUGUCAUGGAAACCGCCGGCUCAGUGGCCAAUUGAAAGUUUCCCGGGUCAAUGUGUCAAGAAAUUAUUCCUUUCGUAUCGCUGCACCUGAGAAAUCCGACAAGAAAUUGACACCCUCGAUUUUUUCUUUUAUUUACAUGUUCGCCUUGUAGUUUUUUUCUUGUCGUUAAUAUAUAAAUACUCCGCCAGCACCAA